UGUGGGCCCCUCUGGCCGCCUGGAGGACUUGUCAUCUGUGUCCGGAGGCGUCUGGCGGCAGUGGGCGGGUCUAACGUAGGCGAAACAAGCUCUUCCUGUGCGCCUGCUCUGACUACUUUAGGUUUGUGGGAGCUUUUCGCAAUGGGGCUGCCGGAGGUGUGGAGCCUCGUACACAGGUUUAAUUCAUUCAAAAGGACUAAUAUCAUACUGCAACAUUUGAGAAUGUCUAACCACACAGAUGCAGCAGGAGAAGUACUAUUGGAAAGAAGAGGGUGUGCAGGAGUGAUAACACUAAACAGACCAAAGUCCCUAAAUGCACUGAAUCUUAAUAUGAUUCGGCAGAUUUAUCCACAACUAAAGAAUUGGGAACAAGAUCCUGAAACUUUCCUGAUCAUUAUAAAAGGAGCUGGCGGAAAGGCUUUCUGUUCUGGGGGUGAUAUCAGAGAGCUCUCAGAAGCCAGAAACGCAAACCAGAAGGUGACUCAAGAUCUCUUUAGAGAAGAAUAUACCCUGAACUAUGCCAUUGGUUCUUGCCAGAAACCAUAUGUUGCACUUAUUCAUGGAAUUACAAUGGGUGGGGGAGUUGGUCUCUCAGUUCAUGGGCAAUUCCGAGUGGCUACUGAAAAGUCUCUCUUUGCGAUGCCAGAAACAGCAAUCGGACUAUUUCCUGAUGUGGGUGGAGGUUAUUUCUUGCCACGACUUCAAGGAAAACUUGGUUACUUCCUUGCAUUAACAGGAUUCAGACUGAAAGGAAGAGAUGUGUAUAAGGCAGGAAUUGCAACACAUUUUGUGGAUUCUGAAAAGUUGGACAUGUUAGAAGAAGAUUUGUUAGCCCUAAAAUCGCCUUCAAAAGAAAAUGUUACAGAUGUCUUAGAAGCUUACCACACAAAGUCCAAGACUGAUCAAGGCAAGUCUUUUAUACUUGAGGAACACAUGGACAAAAUAAACAGUUGUUUCUCGGCCAAUACUGUGGAAGAGAUUAUUGAAAAUUUACAGCAAGAUGGUUCAUCUUUUGCCUUGGAACAGUUGAAGGUAAUUAAUAAAAUGUCUCCAACAUCCCUAAAGAUAACACUAAGACAACUCAUUGAAGGGUCUUCAAAGACCUUGCAAGAAGUAUUAAUUAUGGAGUAUCGGCUGAGUCAGGCUUGUAUGGGAGGCCAUGACUUUCAUGAAGGUGUUAUGGCAGUUUUAAUAGAUAAAGACCAGAGCCCAAAAUGGAAACCGGCUAAUCUAAAAGAAGUUACUGAUGAAGAUGUGAAUAAUUACUUUAAAUCUCUGGGAAGUAACGAUUUGAAAUUAUAAGGUGACUAGAUUUUUAAGGAAUUAUUUUGGAGCAGAUGUUGGCAAACUGUGUGGCACAUGGGCCAAAUCUGGCCUGCUGCCUGUUACUUAUUUUUCUACCAGCUCCGAAUGGCUUCUGCAUUUUUAAAUGGCUGGAGGAAGAAAUCAAAGACUGAUAUUACAUGACAUGUAAAAACAUGAAAUUCUAAUACCAGUGUCCACAAAUAAAGCAUUAUUAGAACAUAGCUAUAUACUUCUCUCUUUACAUAUUAUCUGUGGGUGCUCUGAGUAGUUGCAACGGAGAUUGUCAGGCUUGCAAAGCCUAAAAGAUUUACUAUGGGAUCCUUUGAAGAAAGUUUGCCAACCCCUGCUUUAUAGAUGGGAAAAUUUGAAAUUCUUUAGAGAUUAUUGAGUUGAAAUCUCUAAUUGAAAUGGGAACCUUGUGUUUUGGCUUUGGGCAGUAGUUUGUACACUGAUUAAAUAAACCUAUGUGUAGAUUAA